AUGCGCGUCCGCACCCUCGAGAUCCGUUGGCACGACUCCAAGCCCAUCUCCACCUGCGACUUCCAGCCGGUGCCCUUCAAGAAGGCGCGCCCUACCGCCGACAAGCUCUUCCCUUCCCAAGCCUACCGUCUCGCGACCGGCGGCGAGGACAACCAUGUCCGCCUGUGGAUGGUGCACCCGAACAUCCUCCCCCCGUCGCUCGUCGAGGGCGCGGGGGACGCCCCGCCCGCCCCGCGCCCACCGCGCGUCGAGUACCUCGCGACACUCAGCCGGCAUUCGGCCGCGGUGAACGUCGUGCGUUUCAGUCCGAACGGAGACAUGAUCGCGUCCGCUGGGGACGACGGGAUGAUCAUUGUAUGGGCGCCGACGAACAGCCCGCACGCGAGCAGCUACGGGAGCGACCUCACGCCGGAGGACAUGCAGCACGAGAAGGAGCACUGGAAGCCACGGACGACCUUCCGGUGCACGACCAUGCAGGUGUACGACCUGGCGUGGAGCCCUUCGGGCGAGUACAUCAUCGCUGGGAGCACGGACAACUGCGCUCGGAUCUUCUCGUCUAGUGACGGGAAAUGCCUCCAUGAAGUCGCGGAACACAACCACUACGUUCAGGGGGUCGCGUGGGACCCCUUGAACGAAUACAUCGCCACCCAGAGCAGCGAUCGUUCAAUGCACAUCUACAGCAUCUCGACCAAGUCGGGCUCUCUCGAAGUCCACGCUGUCGGCAAGAACACACGCAUGCCCUACCGGCACAGCCGCACACCAAGUACCCACUCUCGCACCCGCGGUUUCCGCCGCGAGUCUACGGCGAGCGAAACAGAGUCGGUUAUCACUAGCGUCAGCGAACGGCUGAAUGAGGAAGUCGUCGCCUCUAGCAGUACAAGCAACACCAAAGACCCAUUUCAACAGAGCAUGCUGCUCACCCCAACUGCGUCUGUCGCAAGCACACCCUCAGUCCAGACCAUGUUCCCGCCCCCUUACGAAGGCAGAACCUCGUCACGACGGUCAUCGUUCAGCGGUUCCAACGCGCCUAGCUCCCCGGCCAAUCGUAGCCGCUACGGUCGUUCGCCAUCACCGAUGCCCGCACUUCCCGCUAUCCGGAUGGCGCCCUCGACGACCGCAUGGGCGUCCGUCAAGCUCUACGGGGACGAGAGCUUCACCAACUUCUUCCGCCGACUCACGUUCAGUCCCGACGGCGGUCUGCUCCUGACCCCAGCCGGACAGUUCGAAGACCCGUCGGUUGUUCCCAAGCCGGGCGUUGAGCAGACCAGGGGGCGGAAGGGCAAUCCGAGCGCGGGCGAAGUCAAGGAGGGCUCCUCGUCCUCUGUCUACAUUUACUCGCGCGCGAACUUCGCCCGCCCGCCCAUCGGGCAACUGCCUGGGCACAAGAAGGCCAGCGUCGCGGUACGCUUCUCCCCGAUCCUGUACGAGCUCCGCCCCGGCGUUUGGGCAUCGGAGGCCGACACGAAGAGCAUUGCACUCGAACGCGACCCGGAGACGAUGAUUGAUGUCGAAGUCGACAUCGGCGUCGCGCCCCGGCCUGUGUCGGGCGGCGCGCACCUCCACCCGCACCACCCGCACCAUGGCCAAGCGCACGACCGGACCCCGCACGCGACGCCGACGAAGGCGGGUGGGAUCGCCGCGCCCUCGCCGCGCAUCGCAAUCCCUACAGGCUACGCCGCGGCGGCGAUGGCAAUGCCGUCCCCCGCGCUCUCGGCCGCGGACUCGCUGCGGCCGCCGACGCCGAUGGGGAGCAAGCCGGGCACGCCCGCGCCGCCAAUGACGCCUACGGCGCCCGCGAGCGUGUUCGCGCUCCCGUACCGGAUGCUCUACGCGGUCGCGACGAUGGACACCGUCAUGAUCUACGACACGCAGCAGAGCGGGCCGGUCUGCCUGCUCACGAAGCUGCACUACGACGAGUUCACGGACAUGUCGUGGUCGCCCGACGGCCAGUGCCUCAUCCUCGCCUCGCGCGACGGCUACUGCACCCUCGUCGUCUUCGACGAGCUCCUCCCCCCGCACCACACGCAGCAGCACACGCUCCAGCUCCAGACGAUCGCCCACCACCACGCGCUCCCGCUCUCGUCCUCGGCGCCCUCCGCUGCGGCCUCCGUCGCGUCCACGCCCGCGACGCACGCCGUCGCCCUGCCGUCGCCCGUCGCGCUCGUCCCCGCGAAGCGCCCCGCCGCCGCGGAGCCCCCGCUGACGCCCGCGGCGAGCGUGGACGAGAACGUCGCGCGCGCGUGGGACGAGCCCGCGUCGGUGCUGCCGCAGCUCGGGGGCGGGAGCGCGGGGAAGGAGAAGGAGAAGGAGAAGGCGCGGGAGGCGGACGAGGCGCAGGAGCCUCCGAAGAAAAGGCGGCGCGCGGCACUCACGCGAGUGGGCGACGUCGGGUCGUGA